AUGGCGGCGCCCUUGUGGCAGGCGGCGCUGGGCGCCAGUCGGCGGUGGCGGUGCUUCAGCACCUCGGCCGCGCGGAGCCGCCGCGCCCCGCCGCUGGGGCCGAUGCCCAACGAGGACAUCGACGUGAGCAACCUGGAGCGGCUGGAGAAGUACCGCAGCUUCGCCCGCUACCGGCGCCGCGCGGAGCAGGAGGCGCGCGCCCCGCACUGGUGGCGGACCUACCGGGAGCACUUCGUGGCGGAGCCAGACCCCAGAGACAAGAUUGACAUCGGGCUGCCUCCACGCAAGGUCUGUCGGGCCCAGCAGCUGCUGGAGCGGAAGCAGGUUCUGCGGGAGCUGAAGGCCAGCGUGGAGGAGGAGCGGGCCGCCCGCCACCGCACAGCGCGCAUCCCGCUGGAGGCCGUGCGGGCGGAGUGGGAGAGGACCUGUGGGCCCUACCACAAGCAGCGCCUGGCCGAGUACUACGGCCUCUACCGAGACCUGUUCCACGGCGCCACCUUCGUGCCCCGCGUCCCCCUGCACGUGGCCUACGCCGUGGGUGAGGACGACGUGAUGCCCGUGUACCACGGCAACGAGGUCACGCCCACGGAGGCUGCCCAGGCCCCAGAGGUGACUUAUGAGGCGGACGAGGGCUCCCUGUGGACACUGCUGCUCACCAACUUGGAUGGACACCUGCUGGAGCCGGAUGCGGAGUACGUGCACUGGCUGGUCACCAACAUCCCAGGCCGCAGGGUGGCUGAGGGACAGGAGGCGUGUCCCUACCUGCCCCCCUUCCCUGCCCGGGGCUCUGGCUUCCACCGCUUUGCCUUCCUGCUCUUCAAGCAGGAGAAGCCAAUCGACUUCUCGGAGGAUACGCGGCCCUCCCCCUGCUACCAGCUCGCCCAGCGGACCUUCCACACCUUCGAUUUCUACAAGAAGCACCAGGAAGCCAUGACCCCGGCCGGCCUGGCCUUCUUCCAGUGCCGCUGGGACGGCUCGGUCACCCGCACCUUCCACCAGCUUCUGGAUAUGCGGGAGCCCGUGUUCGAGUUUGUGCGGCCACCCCCUUACCACCCCAAGCAGACGCGCUUCCCCCACAGGCAGCCCCUUCGCUACCUGGACCGCUACAGGGACAGUCCUGAACCCACCUAUGGCAUCUACUGA